AUGUCCGUCCUCCUCGAGACGAGCGCCGGCGACAUUGUGAUCGACCUUCUCGUCGACUACGCGCCAAAGCUCUGCGAAAACUUCCUGAAGCUGUGCAAGGUCAAAUACUACAACUUUGCGCCCAUCCACUCUAUCCAAAAGAACUUUUCCUUUCAGACCGGCGACCCCCUUGGGCCGCUCUCGACACAAUCAGAUGGCGGCUCGUCCAUUUGGGGACUUGUGUCCUCCGACCCGGCUGAACGAACCUUUCCCGCCCUUUUCCAUCCCAAGUUGAAACACCUCGAGCGCGGAACCGUCAGCAUGGCCACGGCGCCGAACGCGGCCGACGGCGGGGAAACCAGGCUGGCAGGAAGCCAAUUCAUCGUGACAUUGGGCGACGACACGGACUACCUGGAUGGUAAGGCCGCAAUAUUUGGAAAAGUCGUGGAGGGCUUCGACGUGCUUGAAAAGAUCAAUGAGGCUAUCAUCGAUGAAAAGGGCCACCCGCUGGUUGAUAUCCGCAUCAAACAUACCGUCGUCCUCGAUGAUCCCUACCCAGAUCCCGCUGGCCUGCGCGAGCCCAGCAGCUCGCCCGUACCCAGCAAGGCUCAACUGGCCACGGUGCGGAUUGCUGAAGGCGAGGCCGAUAAGCUUGGAGAUGAGGACAACGAGGAAGCCGCAGCAGAGGCAGAGAAAGCCCGCCGUGAGAGGGAAGCACGCGCCCAGGCGCUCACGCUCGAGAUGAUGGGCGACCUGCCCUUCGCCGAGGUCAAGCCGCCUGAGAACGUCCUCUUUGUCUGCAAGCUGAACCCGGUCACGGUAGACUCGGACCUGGAGCUCAUCUUCAGCCGAUUCGGCAAGAUACUCUCCUGCGAGGUUAUCCGCGACCGCAAGACCGGGGACAGCCUUCAGUAUGCCUUCAUCGAAUUCGAGGACAAGGGCGCCUGCGAGACCGCGUACUUCAAGAUGCAGGGCGUGCUGAUUGACGACCGGAGGAUCCACGUCGACUUCUCGCAGAGCGUAAGCCGGCUGAGCGCGACGUGGCGCGACGAGACCAACCAGAAGAGGCGCAAAAACGCCUCCGGCGGAAACAGGGGCGGGUGGGGCGGUGUCAAGGAGCUCGAGAAGUGGAAGAAGUACCGUGACGAGGACGACGCGCCUGAGCGGGGCGACCGCUACCAGAUGCUAGUGGACGCCGCAGACGAGGGCCGGGGAGGGGCGGCGGCAGAGCAUGGCCAGACACGGACAGAGGGUUCUGGCCGCGACCGCCGCGAUAGCCGUUCCCCUCCACCCCCGCGCCGAGAGCAGGACAGGAGCCACCGAAAAUACGACCGGAGCUCGAGCCCGCGGGGGGAGCGCCGCCAGGACUCGAGGAGGCAUCGAGAUCGUGAUGGUGAUCGGAGGGACCGCCAUGAGCGAGAUCGAGAUCGAGGCAGGGCUUAUGAUGAUUACAGGCGGAGGUGA